CUCUUCUUUCUUUACUUAUUUUCUCGGCUUACAUUCUAUUCUGUUUGUUUCUUUUCUUAUUUUAUUGUUAUUCCCAACGAUAGUAUAAUGAAGCCACCUCAAGGAUUAUCUCAUAUUGUAUGCCAUGCUGGUAAUCGCGAAGAUUAUGAAAAAACGCGUGAAUUUUAUCUUGCUAUUGGAUUCAAACAUAUCUUGAAAGAACGCCAUGAAUCUGAUGCUGUCACUUGGUUGGUUCUUACUGCUGCUCCUGACGCCUUCUCAACUGAUAUUACUGUUCAAUUGAUCUUGAGUACUGGUGUUAUUCCUCAGGAUUUGACUACUGACCAACCAAAAGACACCGAUGAAUGGAAAAUGGAAGGUGUUGCUUUGGUUUUAACUAUUAAACAACUUGAUUCUAUGAAAACUCAAUUACAAGCCAUUGGUGCUCGAUAUAAAGAUAAAUCCUCUAUUGAUGGAAAAACUUUGGAACUUCAUGUAUUGGAUCCUUUAAACAAUGGUAUUAUAUUUGCUAAUCGACCUGCUUUUCCCAAUCUCUUGGAUGCUUCUACUUUAUCUUCUCAACAUUUUCCUCAAUCUUCUCGUAAGGAUGGAACUCCGAAACGUAUUGGUGUCUUAACUUCAGGUGGUGAUGCUCCUGGUAUGAAUCCUGCUGUACGUGCUGUUGUACGUUAUAGUAUAUCUAAAGGAUGUGAAGUCUUUGGUAUUUAUGAAGGUUAUCAAGGUCUAGUUGAUGGUGGCAAGUUUAUUCGAAAAAUGGAUUGGAAGAGUGUUCGUGGUUGGCUUGCUGUGGGUGGUACAAGUAUUGGUACAGCUCGUUGCAUGUCAUUCAAGACACGAGAAGGUCGAUUGAAAGCAGCAAGCAAUUUGAUCAAGAAUGGUAUUGACUCUCUUGUUGUAUGUGGUGGUGAUGGUUCAUUGACUGGUGCUGAUGUCUUUAGAUCAGAAUGGAGUGGACUGGUGGAUGAAUUACUUGCUACUGAUCGUAUCACCAAGGAAGAAGCAUCAGAAUAUAAUCAUUUGACAAUUGUUGGUUUGGUGGGAUCAAUCGAUAAUGAUAUGUCAAGUACAGAUAUUACUAUUGGUGCAGUCACAUCUCUUCAUCGUAUUUGUGAAAGUGUAGAUUCUAUUGGAACAACAGCUUCUUCUCAUUCUCGUGCUUUUGUAGUUGAAGUGAUGGGACGACAUUGUGGUUGGUUGGCUUUGAUGGCUGGUAUUGCAACUGGGGCCGAUUUUGUAUUUAUUCCUGAACGACCUCCUCCUGAUGAUUGGGAAACAACUAUUUGCAAUGUGGCUCACCGUCAUCGAGAAUUGGGCAAGCGAAAAACUGUUAUCAUUGUGGCUGAAGGUGCUAUCGAUACUUCUCUCAAUCCUAUCAAGGCAGACAAGAUCAAGGACAUUUUAACUGAACGUUUAGGCUUAGAUACACGUGUGACGACUUUGGGACAUACACAACGGGGUGGAUCACCUGCAGCUUUUGAUCGUAUUCUCGCCACUAUCCAGGGAGUAGCUGCUGUGGAUGCUGUUUUACGUUCUACACCUGAUAUGCCUUCUCCAUUGAUCGGUAUGAGCAACAAUGAAGUCACCUGCAAACCUUUGAUGAAAGCCGUCAAGCUGACACAUGAAGUAGCUGAAGCCAUUGGGGAAAAGAACUUUGCUCGUGCCAUGGAAUUACGUGAUCCUCAAUUUGCCGAAGAAUAUAACGUGUACAAUGCCUCAACUAUUCUGGAUGAUCAUUCUUUACAACUUCCCGAUCAUCUACAACUACGUAUUGGUAUUCUACAUGUAGGUGCUCCUGCUGGUGGUAUGAAUGCUGCAACUCGAACGGCAGUACGAUAUGCUGUGAAUCGUGGACAUACUCCUAUUGCAAUUUAUAAUGGAUUUGAUGGUUUGAUCAAGGGUGCCAUGAGCGAUUUAACUUGGAGUGAUGUAGAUGGAUGGACUUCUCGUGGUGGAUCUGAAUUGGGAACCAAUCGUCAUGUACCUGGUGAACAACUCGAUAUGGGAAUGGUUGCUUAUCAAAUGCAAGAAUUCAAUUUACAAGGUUUAUUGAUUAUUGGUGGAUUCGAAGCUUUCUCUUGUUUGAAGAAUUUGGAAAAUGCUAGGGCUAGAUAUCCUUCACUUUGUAUUCCUAUGUGUGUGAUUCCAGCAACAGUAUCCAAUAAUGUACCUGGUACGGAUUACUCUUUAGGAACAGAUACAGCAUUGAAUGCCAUUGUCAACUCUUGUGAUGCUAUUAUUCAAUCUGCUCGGUCAUCUCGUCGUCGUGUAUUUGUGGUGGAAGUUCAAGGUGGUCGCUCAGGGUAUUUGGCGGUGGAAGCAGGUUUAGCCUCUGGAGCAAACACAAUUUAUAUUCCAGAAGAAGGUAUCGAUUUGACAAGAUUACAGUCUGAUGUACAUCAUCUUAUGGCACUCUAUAUGGAUGAUGAUCCCAACAAAUCUGAAGGUCGUAUUGUACUUCGUAAUGAAACUGUCAGUAAAACCUAUACAACAGAUGUGAUCAGCAGUAUAUUCAAGGAAGAAGGACAUGCCCUAUUUGAUUCUCGUACGGCAGUUUUGGGACAUAUUCAACAAGGCAAUACACCAUCACCAAUGGAUCGUAUCCGGGCCACUCGUUUGGGAAUGAGUGCUAUACAAUUUAUGGAAAGGGAAACUGAACAAGUAUUAAAUUUGGCACGCGGUCAAUCAACACCUGUUGAAUUAUGCAAGACUGACAAAUCUGCAGUAGUAGUUGGAUUAGAUGGUGCUGGAGUAUCCUUUAUGACGGUCAAACAGUUAGAACCUUUGACGGAUAUCAAGAAUCGUAAACCUAAGAAAGCUUGGUGGUAUCAAAGAAGACCUCUAGUGGAUUUAUUGGCUGGUCGUGGUUUAUUCUCUCCUGGUGCUCAAUCUCUUCGAUCAUCAUGAUAACUUAGUUUAGUUAUAGUUUGAUAUUUUUUUUUUUUUUUAGUAUUUAUGUACAAAACUUUUUUAAAUAGACUUUUUAUAUAUAUUAUCGGGUUAGUGCGACGCCAUGUGGAUAGAAACCAAAAAAGGCAGAUAUCUAUUGGCAAAUGGGUUUCUAAUGGAAGGAAAAAUAAAAAAAUAAAAUAAAAAA